AUGGCGCACACUCGAAGUGGGCCUCGAGGUCCAGGCAACGAGCUCACCCAUCUCCACGACAACCAGUCCGAUUCCGAGAGUUCCAGCGAGGAUGAAGAGGGUAUUCCCGCCAAAGCCGCGAGCAGGUCGCCAUCGAAACGCCCGUCCGCUCAAUUCUUGCCGCCAGUGGAUACAACCAGCUAUCAAUCAAGCUUGAAGCGACCUUCCGCAACUCCCGACCUCAUUUUCUAUCCCGGCCCUCUUAAGAAGCGAAAGGUUCGGGAUAGUUGGGGAAACCCACGAGGAGCGCGCCCUUACCCGACACCGGUCUCUACAGUCUCUACUCACGCCGCCCUGGUUGCCACGGACACAACCUCUGGUGGCGGGAGCGCAUCAGGCUCGACUACCGGAGAUGAAGUACCUGCAGGCCUGAUUAACAGACUGAACGCUGCACUACAUCAACCACUUGACGACAAGACCCGCUGGAAAGACGAAACGCCUGAAACUCCAACCCAUCAACUGCUGGGCGAGCUGAACCCGGAAGACGAGGAUGAGGCAGAGGCUAGGAUCCAGCCCGAGAACCAAGACGAGAUACCACAACAGGGCGAUCGUGGUACAGUCGCCGAAACACCGAUCCCAGACCUAGCGAACGGCGUGGGACAGUUCGAUUGGCAGCAAAACAAUGCAUUGCUCAGUGGUUUGGCCGAAGAAGCUGCUCAUGAACGCGAACCACCUAUUUCCCCCGAGUCAUCCCUUUUCGUAAAGGAUAUGGUGGACGAGGAGGACGAUGUCCAAUCAGAGUCAGGAAGCGAUCGAGUACAGUUAACCUUUGACCAACAGUCACACAAUCACACAAUCCUAGGGCCGAAAACAGGUAGCGGCUAUGAUCAGGAUGGAGUAGAUGUGUGGGACAUACCACAACCGCCAGAACAACCACAGCGGCCAGAGGAACAUGCCGUUACUGACUCUUUGGAGGGUACGCGGUCACGAACGCGCCAAAACGAGAAGCGGCGGGCGCCAGGAGAAAGCCCAGGGCCACAACUGGCCACUGUAUCAGGUGUCGAGGCCGGAGCAAGCGUGGAUGAGGAGGAUGUCCUCCAUACGACGGACAACCAGCAAGAUCGCAGCCAACAUGGAGAUGAUCAAGAGGACGCAGAGGAUCAUUUGAACCGAAAUUCAGACCAAGGCUCGAAUCAAGGCUCAAACCAAAAUGUGGAAAGGAACGCCGAUGAUGAGGGGAGCCAGUUUGAUGAUACUGGCGUGGAGGAAAUGGAUGAUAUCGAGACGGGCGACGAAAGUUACGCCGAUAUUGAGCUGUCCGCCGAGGAAAGCUUUGGGGCGGAUGUUCAGCGUUUCAGAACCAUGCAUCGUCCCAACAACAAAGAAGCUGAGAUCUUCACAGGCCCGGCUGCUGACGACCUCAUCGCCAUACACCUCGAUCAGGAACCACUUAGGGAGAUGUGUAAGCUGAUGAGAAAUACCGCCUGGACUGGGUUCAAAGGUGGAUGGCAAUGGCGACCUCUCAGUUUCGACGACGACGCAAAGACCAAACCGGCUAAAACUAUACUCCAACUCCUAUCAAAGCUCGAGAGACUGUACUCGGCUGCCCCCAAAGCUCCUCAUAUUGCAGAACAGAACGAAUUUCUGCAUGACCACGCCGAUCUACUGUCUCACUAUUUUUCAGAGAUUAAGCUCGCAGUGGAUAACAUUCGUGAGCAACGGCUUGCAAGCAUGGUUCAGAACAAGUCGCCGCUGAAUUGUGACGCUGAGAAGCGCAAGUCAAUGGCUACAGAGCUUGUGCAACUCGUCAUACCAAUGAUGAUUCACAUUCUCGUACAAGCUUGGAGCCUGGGUGGUCGCAACUGGUUUGAUAUGUCGUUUACAGCCGCCACCACCGAGUGUCUUAGAAGGGCUGUUGGCUGGAUUAGGAACCUGUAUCGGCCAUUGCUGGUUGAGUUGAAGCGACGUCCACUCAAAAAGAGACCCAAGAACAAGUCCAAGCAGAACUCGUGGCGCGAAACAAACGAAGCACGCGAAGAGCUCGAACCACUUAUCGAAGAUCUGCGAAAGGUUAUAUCCAAUGCGCCCGAUGAGCUCUGGAGGGAGGAACGCCGCAUCACUAGAGAAAGGGAAGAUCGCUGUUGGAGCUUGAAGAGGCAAGAAGAAAUCAAGCUUGAACGGAAGCUCGAGGCGGAAGCUCGAAGAAGGGACAUCGAAGAACGAAAAACGAGAUCACUAAUGUCCAUGCGGGGCAUCCAUUAUCCGCUUGGGUCAUUGCAAGACUCAACCCCACGCGUCUUACCAGCAUCUCCUAGCCCACGCCCUUCGCCCGGGCUGUCUGAAUGGUCAUUUGAACAGAAGUUGUACCUCUUCAGGCAAAUACAGAGGUCAUGCCCCAACUUGCCAGAUAUGGACAAUAUUUGCUGGCAGCUCGACAAGACUGCAAAAGACGUAGAGGACAUGGCAGCGCAGCAACUGGGAAUGAUGCUCGAAGCCGUAGAGCCGGACACGUCUGCUGAGAGUAGAGGUGCGGAGGUGCGUAGGAUAAUGCACAGCCACAGGAUUUCCCGUCGCCGUUGA